AUGUCAAACAUUUCACAAACAGCCCGUCGGCUUUUCCGAUCGCAAAACCUUUCAGCGUUCAGAGCAUACUCGCCUGCAGUGCCUAUUGCCCGUCUUCACCAGCAAGGCCCAAAACGGUCGGCGGUCGUUCACGACCAGGCACUACCAAGCCAAACAGAAUCACCCUCAUUCUUUUCUCAUACCAAGUCACAAUCAACACCCGCUCAAUCACCACGCCAUGAAUCUACAAGCCUCGACACCCUAGUCUCCCAAAUCCCUCUCGUCCAAACACUCCGCAAAGCCCACAGCACCUACAGGGAAACACGUCCCCAUCUCGCAAUCCCACCACCCAUCAGACAGCAUCACUUCGUGGGUGGAAGCUUAGCUGGUCCAGGCAAGCUUGCAUUCGCACCAUACAUGUGGCUAUCAACCGGCAAGUCUGAAGCACAGGCCGAGAAUGCCGACCGAGCCAGCAGCGUUGUAUCUGUAUUCCACAUCGGUCAGGAUCUCUGUGGUCACCCUGGCUUUGUUCAUGGUGGUCUGCUCAGUGUUCUCUUUGAUGAGGUGUUUGCUCGCUGUGUCUCUGCGACUUUCCCCAGCGGGCUGGGUAUGACGGCUAAUCUCAAUGUGGAUUUCCGAAAGCCGGCUCUUCCUAACCGGAUGUAUGUGCUGCGCACAAAGACGGUUAAGGUCGAGGGCAGGAAGGCUUGGGUUGAGGGUCGGAUGACUUAUCUUCCUUUGACUUUGCCAUCUGCGGAGUCGCAUAGCAUUGUUGCUGAUCCUAGUCUGCUGCAGGAGGACAGUGAAGGUGCGGUAAUGGUUGCUGAGGCUAAGGCUUUGUUUGUUGAGCCUAAAUUUGCGGAUUCUAUGGUGAAGAUUUAUUCGAGCUAG